UUCCUGUCAGCGGUCAAAUCAAGGCACGUGUAAACUACGAACUAAAGUCUCUUUUUCACAAUGUCAUUUAUUGAAGUCAGCCCUGAUAGCGACUUUCCUUUGCAGAAUUUGCCAUAUGGGGUGUUUUCUACUGCAGAUAACCCAAGACAUCGUAUUGGUGUUGCUAUUGGAAAUCAGGUGUUAGAUGUAAGUGUUGUCAGACACCUCUUUACUGGACCUGUUCUACAAGGCAACCAAGAUGUCUUUGAAGAAACCACCCUGAACUCCUUUAUGGGCCUUGGUCGGGAAGCCUGGAAGGAGGCCCGGUCCACUCUACAGCAACUUCUGUCCUCUCAAGAACCACUUCUCUCUAACAACAAGGAACUACGAUCUAGAGCCUUUGUUCCACAAUCUGAAGCAAUCAUGCACUUACCAGCAAAAAUAGGUGACUACACAGAUUUCUACUCCUCAAAGAAUCAUGCUUUCAAUGUUGGCUGUAUGUUCAGAGGACCCGAUAAUGCUCUCAUGCCAAACUGGACACAUCUCCCUGUUGGUUACCAUGGCAGGGCUUCCUCUGUUGUGGUAUCAGGAACCCCAUUAAGGCGACCAAAUGGCCAAACUAGACCAGAUGAAUCUCAGCCCCCUGUGUUUGGACCUUGUAAGCUGUUUGACUUUGAGCUGGAGAUGGCAUUCUUUGUUGGCCCCGGUAACAAGAUGGGAGAACCAAUCAGCAUUGAUAAGGCUGAGGAGCACAUUUUUGGCAUGGUUCUGAUGAAUGACUGGAGUGCACGAGACAUUCAGAAAUGGGAGUAUGUGCCUCUGGGACCCUUCCUUGCAAAGAACAUGGGCACUUCCAUCUCCCCAUGGGUGGUCACUAUGGAUGCCUUAAAACCUUUCCUGGUCCCCAACGUCUCCCAGGACCCUAAACCUCUCCCUUACUUAUACCAUGAGGACCCAUUUACCUUUGACAUCAACUUAGAGGUUGCCAUUAAAGGUGAAGGAAUGCCCAAACCAUCAACAGUUUGUCGUAGCAACUUUAAGUACAUGUACUGGACGAUGAAACAGCAGCUGACCCACCAUACAGUAACAGGGUGUAAUGUUAACCCAGGAGAUCUUUUGGCCUCAGGGACAAUCAGUGGAGAGACAGAAGACUCCUAUGGCAGUAUGUUAGAGUUGUGUUGGAAGGGGACGAAGACUGUAGAUCUGGGUAAUGGAGAGAGCAGGAAGUUUCUGAAGGAUGGCGAUGAUGUCAUUUUUACAGGUUUGACAGUGUUAUUUAACUAUUGCAAUAUACUAUACCAAAAGGAAGUACCAGACAGUGGACGUCUUUAUUGGAACCAAACAAUUUCCUAAGCACCUAGAACUAAAGUUGUUUUUUUGUUUUUUUUUGACAAGUGGGAAAUAUGCAGGUUUCAAUGCAUCAUAACGUGGAUCAAUAUUUACCAAUAAAGUCAACACAAUUGUUGGUUUCCACUGAUUGUAGCCUUUGUAUGUUUGUAGGUUACUGUGAGAAGGAUGGAGAAAGGAUUGGGUUUGGUACAUGUUCAGGACAAGUUCUACCAGCAUUACCUAUGUCCUGAAAUUGAACAACAUUUAUUUUGACAGAUCUGUUGAACAUAACAUUUUGAUUGCUGUUUUUAAUUAAUGACAUCAAUGGGAUACAACAUAAGGACACUUGAUACAAGCAAAAACAUGGAUGCCUGGGUUGAUGUAUAAUUUUUGGCUUAGUUUGGUGGUAAUAAGUACAAUCAUAAAAUUCCUAAUAAAUAAGGGACUUGUAAAUUUACUAUGAUGUUCAGAAGUUGAAGUAUACUAUCCCACUCUAUAUAAGUUUUACUCAAUGUUUUGGACUUUAAUUGAGAAAUCAUAGGUAUAAAUUACAUUCCAUACAGUAAAUACUUAAAAAAUGAAUUUAGUUUUAUUUUCAUCGUUUUUAAAAAAAAUGUUUGUUUCAAUAAGUGUUGUUUAUAAGAGUCUGGAAAAUCAGGCAGAAGAAAUGCAUAUCUAAUUUAAAGGAUCAGCAAAUCUUUUAAAUUAUCAUAGAAUUGAUUACUUUAUAAUUUUAAAAUCUUUUUUUGGAAUUUCUGAAAACUCAACUAAUAUCCCAACUUUCUUUGCAUAUGCCUCUAUGGAAUGCCUGAUUUUCAACAGACAACCUCUUCAUAAUGGGGAAACUCUGUAUUUGUAGUAUUGUACAUCACGAAUCCCCCCCCUUCAUUUUUCCUCAAGAUGAAUUGAAAAACCUUUGCUUCCUUUAAAUGUGCCCAAUCACGGUGAAAGUGAAAUUAAAAGAGGAGAGGGGUGCAAAAAAAUUCCUGGUAUACAUAAGUUUCAUGUAAAAGUUUUUUGUUGAUGAGAUUACAUAGUAAAAUAAAUAUACAUAUGCAUGUAUAUAUCUGUGUCAUCAAUGAAGUUGUGAAACAGUGUCUUUCUGUUCUUGUUCCAAGUUGUACAUUGAUUUAAUAAAAAAUUGAGCUAGCUCCCUGGGAGACUCAAUGAUAAUUUGA